CGUCCGAUGGGGUUUUUUUUUGGUUGUAUAUGUGAAUCGUAUCGUUUUCGUUUCGUCUUUCGCUCUGAGUGUGUGUGUGUUUUUGAGUUUGGAGUUUUCUUUUUAAAUUUGAAAGCCAUUUCACCGCGACGAGAUCAGACACGCACACAUACAUAUUGCAAGGGCAUAUUCAGCAGCGAUCGGAUAAAAGCGGGGUGCCUUCUCCCGGUCGGCUUUUGAAAGAGCCAGUUUAUAUAUGUAUAUAUAUAUGUAUAUAUAGAGAUAGGUCCAUAGGACGUAAAGGCGAAAGAAGAGGAGGUGGAGGAGGCAGCAGCAGCAGCGUCUGGAUCGCAGAGAGGUAUGUCUGGAAUGAACUGAAGCAGGAUUUUAAAAUGUGGAAGUUGUUCCUGGAGGUGGCAGGUAGCAAUACAUCACUGACAAGGUCAGGAUGACCCACCACACUUAGGAUCUGGAAAGACGUCUUGAGGAAGCAUCAUGACUUGAAAAAGUGGACCAUGCUAAGACUUGGAAAGAAAAAAGGCAGGAAUUGGAAUCGAUGGUGACCCCUUUUUUCGCUACACAAAGCUGAGAGGAGAUUUGAUAAAGAGUGAAGAGAACUUGAUGAUUUUCAUGGCAUACCACAGAAGAGCUGUUGCCAAGAACACCAACUAUCAUUACAUACACUAACCUAAUCUUGCAUCAGCCCAGCUAUGGCCAUUUAUCCACAAAUAAACAAUGAUGGGGAUGGAGAACAAUUAAAAAAUACAUGGUGCCGGUACUGAAGAAUUAGCAGAAGGGCAGAGGUCUCCACCAACUACCUACUCCUCCAUCGUUACCUUGAUGAGCUGGGGCCGUCCUUGAGCGGUACCAACAUCUGCCAUUUGGUGAACUGUCCCAGUUGAGAGACACUCAAAAGGAAACAAGUUUAAUGGCGAGAGGAGGGCUCUGAACGGGGGUUUGUGCUUUGUAGAGGUUAAGGAGUUCUGCCCCGCUUCCCUCUUCAGAUAGCGUUGCCAUUCAUCAUGGCCAGCAAGAGAAAGUCUACCACUCCUUGUAUGAUACCAGCCAAAACCCUGGCAAUGCACGAUGCAGAUAUGGAUAUUACCCCCGAAUACAAUGAUGAUGAUGAAGCUUCUCCGCAAGCAUUUCCCAUUGAGGACCUGUCUGCUGGUGAGGAGGCGUUCACAGUGAUCAGUAAUAAUGAUAUUGCAGAGCGUGGUGGAUUUGAAUGCAAGUACUGCAGUUACACAAGUCAGGACUACCAUGCGUUUACUGUACAUAUAGAAUCGGAGCACUCUGAAGCAAGCGUGGACCAACUGUAUGUUUGUGUCGAGUGUAACUUCAGCGCCAAGAGUCAGGAGUCCCUGACAGUGCACAACACCCUGAGCCAUCCCAACGAGACCAACCUGAAAGUGAGUGUAAUCAAAAAGAACAGCCAGACGGUUGUCGAGCAGAGCGUCUCCGAGACAAAGAGCAACGAUGGCAGAGAGAAUGGCGAGGAGGCGGAAACCCAGUCAGAAAUCUCCAUCAGCAAAACGCCCAUCAUGAAGAUGCUGAAGGGCAAGCCGGAAGGCAAGAGGAUCACUGUCUCUCAUGCCGGAAGGGAAGAGCCCAACGACGAAGCGGGGGCGGUUGACGAGGCUGUUAAAAAAACCGAGGGUGCGGACGUGCCGGAGGUACUGUCAGCCAAUGGGCUGACGACCCCUUCCCAAACCGUAAAUGGAACAGCCGUCAUGUCUGUGCCUGUCCUGCAGGCGGGCAUGACGCAAAUAGUCCCUGUGAUUCAACGGCCGGCUUCAAGCAACAGCUCCAGCCCCCUCCCCAAAGUCAUGAUCCCGUUGAGUAGCAUCCCCUCGUACAACGCUGCCAUGGACUCCAACAGCUUCCUCAACAACUCCUUCAAUAAGUUCCCCUACCCGUCGAAGGCCGAGCUAUGCUGGCUGACUGUGGUGACCAAGUACCCGGAGGAGCAGCUCAAAAUCUGGUUCACUGCGCAACGGCUGAAGCACGGCAUCAGCUGGACACCAGAGGAAAUAGAGGACGCCCGAAAGAAUAUGUUCAAUACCAUUAUUCAGAGUGUGCCGCAGCAGACCAUCACCGUACUGCCCACCCAGUUGACCACCACCAAUGGCGGGCAGCACGUCUUGCAGGCCAACUUCCCUUGCCAGCUGUUGACUCCGGGGGGCAAUAUUGUUGUCACCCAGCCAGGGGGGGUGGUGAAAGGAGCCACGAUGACGGGCUCCCCUGUUGCUGUCAGCCUCGCCACCAUCCCCAAGCAGCAGACCGCCUCAAAGUUUCAGGUGCAGAAACUCGGGGGCUCUGCGGUCAGUUCAAAUGUCAAGAUUUUAGCCGCCCCCUCAGUCGGUCAGCCAGGGGCUGUGGUCACGUCCAGCCACCUGUCAACCUCAAAUCUCAUUUCAGAGUUUGGCACCUACAAGUACAAGAAAACAAAAGAGCAGUUGGCCGCACUGAAGCAGAGCUUCCUGCGAGCUCAGUUCCCAGAGCAUGAAGAGGUUGACCGGCUUGUGAGAGUGACGGGUUUGCAGGGCAAAGAGAUUCGGAAGUGGUUCAGCGACCGGCGGUACAACUACAAGAACCUAAAGUGCAACCAAUCCUUCGACGCAAGCAGUGCCAAUGCAGUCUCCGCUGAGCUGGCCCCCGAGGAAACGCCCACUCCGCCUUUGUCCACUCCCCACUUGUUGGCCUCCCAGCAGCACCGCCGGCAGUGGCAAACCCGCUGUGACUUCACCCCGCCCAAAUUCAAGGGGAAGUCGGCCGAGCAGCUCAGCGUCCUGGAGCAAAGCUACACUCAGAACCCCUUCCCGCCUGAGGAAGAGGUGGACAGGUUACGGGUCGAGACUAAAAUGACCAGGCGGGAGAUUGACCUUUGGUUUUCUGAGCGGAGGAAGGUUAAGCUGGACGAGCGGGCCUUAAAGGCCCGCCAGGACGACUCGGACGUCAAGGACGAUGCUGAUUCCGGGGAGGAGGAGGAGGACUCGGACGGUGAAGGGACACCAAGCGACAGCAGCUCGGUGGACAUGAAGAGGCUUAUACCUCCUCAGGAGCGGCUCAAGGUUAGCCCCUUAAAAAUCUGCCUGAAAGACGGCUCAAACUUGUGCAUCCAGCCCAAGAUUAUGCAGGCCGGCAAGCCGCUGAACCUUAGCUCUGUCUCCUCAACUGCGUCCCCGAAUGCUGUCAAGUACAAGGGUCAAAAUAAGAAAACGGUUCACCAGCUUCACUUGAUGAAGUUGCAGUUUAUGCGGACACAAUGGCCGACGGUUGAAGAGUAUGACGAAUUGGCUAUCAAAUCGCGGCUGCCCAGGACUGAGGUAGUUCGUUGGUUUGGUGAUGCGCGGUACGCGUUGAAAAAUGGACAGCUGAAAUGGUACGAUGAUUACAAAAAAGGUAUCUACGCCAUCCGCUCCGGCAGCAAUAGCUUAAUUACUGAUGUGCCGGUGGAGAAUUACAGACUCAAACGAACACCAUCCAAAAAAAGCGGGAAAAUGGUCUUGUUUGAAUAUUACACCCAGCACCGGAUGCUUCAUGAGGAGGAUCUAGACCGGCUCUGCGAGAAGUCUUGCAUGAGCUAUGAACAGGUGAGAGACUGGUUUGCAGAGAAACAAACUGAGGACGCCAUGUACAUGUCCGACUUCAGCAAUGAAGAUCAGCAGUCGACCAAUGGAGAGAGUGACAAAGUAGAUAAAGCCAAAAGCAGUCAACGCUUUGGAACAGAGGAAGUCUACUCUGAUGUGACAGACAACAGCGAUAACUGGGAUAUCCCAUCACGGGAGGGCCACGCAGAACUGAAUGAUUUUGAUGCUGAGAACAUCUCUGAAGCAGAGUGACGGGAGAUGAGCACCUUUAAAGAAAAGGAAUGAAGCUGUGGUUUAUUUCUGGCUGAAGAAAGUCUUCGACUAUUCUGGGCCUAAUGCUGCCUUUAGCUGCUGCUCAGACUGAUCAGAUGCUGCAUUGGGAGGCUGCAGCUGUGGUUCAAACUCUCUUUUGUUUUGUGUGUGUGCGUGUGUAUGUGUGUGUUAUGGCACCAUUACUGUAAAUAGACAGUGAUAUAGCUGACACAGGAAGGACGGGGGUGCCUGCCUGUGUUUUGAGCGCCCUGCAGUUGCCACAGUCGAGGAAUUAACGUCAGGUGCACAAAGCUUUUUUGUAAAUAACAGGACAGAGAAAGAGUUAGGUUUUGAUGUGUUUGUAAAAUGAAGCCUCUUAUCAGGUGAAUCCAAAUUGAGAUAAUGGUUCUGACGUAUGGUGUUCGGAACAGAGCCAACCCACCACAAGGCAUUCUUGUUCGGUCAUCGUUCCUCAUCAGCGAGGAACAUGUCGGUGAAAUAAUUUUAUAAACCCCUGCUUGCACAGGGGUCGCAACCUGGAUCUAUUUAACUUUUAUUUUUUUUUCAAGAUUUUCCUGGUGGUUUUUCUUUUGUCCUUCCCUUCCCCAUGCCCCCUGCCCCAACUCCCCCCCACCCCGACUUUGCAUCUGUACUUCAGGUGGCACAUUGUUUACAUGGGGAAAAUUGGAGGAUUGAACCCAUUCCCAUCCAUGGAUAGCAAUGGUUAUUAGUUGCUGUGUGGUGAAGUAGAGCAUGCACCCAGUGAGCAACGUUUGCGCCACAAAGUAGAGAAUGGUCUUCCGGGGUAUGUUGUCACGGAGAGAACGGAGCAAGGGGGAUAGAUCCACUGUGAUCUGAAUGCCUUCUGUUGAGGCCUUGAGUAUAAUCAGGCUUUAAAAAUUGUGAAAGGUUUGAUUUUCUUAGAGCUUUGUGCCACUCACUUUUAUGUGGGGCAGUUUAAACCAAAAUGGCAUUUACGCAAAACAUUUUAAAAAAAUAAUUUUUACUGAGGGAACUAUGUAACUGGGGUCCAGUUAUGAAUUUGGUAUUUAAUCAGCAAGGGUAGGUUCAGUUUAUUCAGUGGCAUGAAUGAGGGAUUAGAUCUGUGCUCGCCAGAAUAGGAAUUGUCAAGCAAGUGAUAUGCAGGGAGAACUGUACUAAUUUAAAAAUAUAUAUAUAUGUGUGUGUGUGUAUGUGUGAGUGUGUGUGUGUGUGUGUGUGUGUGUGUGUAUAUAUAUAUAUAUAAAAUAUAUAUAUAUAUAAACAGUCAUUGUCGCUAUGAGAAACCAAAAAAAGUAUAAUUUUUUUGCCUGAGGUGGUUCUUAACAGAAGACUUGAAAAAAAGGAAGGAUCUGUGAAGGGGUGUUGGAUUAUGGAAAUACAAAUGAAAAAGUGUGCAGGUAUUCAAGCAGAACUGCAACUUGUCCUGUUUGAUUAUAGGACUGUCAUUACUGAGGAGCUUAACAUCUAGAAUGAUCUUACCCAGUUUAUUGAGGCAGCUGCGCCCAGCUAGCCUUUUCUUCUGAUUGCUGAAUGUAUUACUUGGGUACACACGUGACUGAGGAAUAACCCCACCUUGAUACACUACAAGCAUGUUUCUAUGAAUGGAGAAGAC